CUUAUUGUUACAGAUGCCCCGUCCCUGUCUACUGCUGCUGCUGGCAGCGUGCUUCGUUCACAGCUCCUACGGGCAUGCACGCACGUUCACACGUUGCCAGCUCUCCCGUGAGCUACUCCGGUACAACUUUCCAAGGAGCCUUAUAGCGCAGUGGGUGUGCGUGAUCGAGCAUGCAAGCGGACGCACAACUGAAAAAGUGACCAACCACAACAACGCCUACAUUAGCUACGGACUGUUUCAAAUCAACAACAAAGACUGGUGCAAGAAGGGCCGCAAAGGAGGGCACUGCAACAUGAAGUGUGAAGAUCUCCUGAACGAGGACCUAGCGGACGACGUGCGGUGCGCCAAGCGCAUCUACGACCGCGUCGGCUUCAAGGCGUGGCCCACCUCCUACGCCUACUGCAAGGAGAAGAGCCUGCCCGAUCUGUCGCGUUGCUAA